UUGCUAUGGGGAAGACGGCUCCUGUUCGCCCUCAACACGGCGGCGGCGGCUGGUGCGGGUCCGGGCCGGGCCGGGCCUGGAGAUCUCUCCGCUCUGUCUGUCUCUCCCGGUCCCCGGAGGAUCAGGCCCGGUACCCUGUGAGCGGAGCGGAGCCCGGGAGACCGCUCAGCCCGUCAGCCGGUGCCUGACCUGAACAUGGUGGAGGGAGUCGGCUGUCCGGCCCAGGGCUCCGUGAGGCGGUGUCAGGAUGUGGAGAGAUCGGCCGGUUUCAUCGGUAAAUAUAAAAACACAGCUGGAAGGACUGGAUGAAGAACGACAAAGGUUAUCAGAGGAACAAAAAACAAACCGAGCUAAAGUUCGUAAGCUUACUUUGCAGACAAUCCGAAGACGAAAGGCUUUUGAGGAGAAACGCAAAGAUAAUGAAGAGAAAGAACAGAAGUUUAGAGAGGAAGUGCUUCAAGAACGAAAACUGAAGCAACAGGAUGCAACUGAGAAAUUUCAGAGAGCCCAUCUGCCACCAUCACAGCGCAGGAAAAACCGAAUCGGUCAUAGAAAACGGGCCAUUCGAUUAGAGGAAGCUCUUGAACAGGUUCAAGGUUCAUCUUGUGGGUCAGCAUCCUCAUCAUAUGUUAUUGCAAAGUCCACAGUUAACAAACGGACGACUGAUUUGCUUCUGAAUUUAUCAACUCAUGAGAUUAGAAAUGGUUCCCGCUAUCAGAAACAGCUUUCAGAAGCUAAGGCUUAUGCCAAGCUUAUGCAAGAGAGGAGUGGGGCAAAUCUGCAAAACAGCCGAUUAUACUUCCAGCAGGAGUUGGAAGAGACACAACGCCUCCUGGGGGAGCAGCAACUGAAUAGUUUACAGGAAUUCCGACAAGAAAUUGACCAACUUUAUCAGUCUGAAAGCUUAUCAAGUCUUGACAGUUUAGAAACUGAGGGGCAAAAGACUGCCCACCAGACUGAGCCAAUUGAAUCAAAUUCUCUCUCUGUUCAGAAUAAUCAUACUUCCAAUAACAGAAUGAAGCCACAUCCACCUGUAAAAGAUUCUUUUAACUCAUGUAGAACAGAUUUUUAUCCUCUGAAAAAAACACAUAUAAGUGCCUGGAUCAACAACUUGGAUAGUAGCCGAACUUCCCUCUCUUCAGCAGUUGUGAGAACAAAUGAGACUGAAGCUUCAGCUACAAAGGAAUAUUUGAGUGAUAAGCAACAUACAUUAGCUUCUGCGAAAAUUGGUUCUGAAUGUUUUGACUCAAGUCCUCUUUCUUCUGUUGAAAGAUAUCAGAAUGAAUACUCAACAAAAUUUUACAAUAACAAUCAACAUAAAAUUAUAGAAAAUAAUGCCCACUCUACAGAGAGUCAUCCAACAACCCGACCUUCUUCAGAAAGCUCCCUUGGCCACACUGCUCAUUCUCCAACAAGGCCUUGCAAUGCCUGGUCUACGCCAGAUCCAACACCUAGGGAAGCGACACAAGUUUCAGAUGUGAAUGACAGAUUAGAAUCUGUGCACCAAAGUGAACCUGUAACGUUGCAUUCUUUGAAACUGCCUUUAGCAACACCUUUCUUUUUAACCUUUAGUCCAAACUCACAAUUGUUCAGUGACAAAAGGAAAACUGACAGUAUAAAAGAGAGUCAGAAGACUGUCCAACAAAGUCAUCUACUGGCAUGCACUGGUGCAACUAAUCAAAUAAACCAAAAAGCUGACAUUUCCAGUGAAAGUGAAGGCAACCAUACUUCUAACAAAUAUAAUUUGAGCAUUAAAAGUAGACAUUGCUCUGAAGGAGCGAGUCAGAAAUCUGCUCCUUCUCAAGCAGCAUUUAAUUCUUCUGAAUCUGAUUCUGAAAAUAAUGUGACAGAAGGAAAGGAAAAUAAACUGGCAGCACAUUCGUCAAUGUCUACUACAAGAUUAAAAACCAGCAAAAAGUAUUUCUAUGAAAAGAGUAAUUUCAACCUACUGAAGGGAAUACUAAAGAAAGUGUCAAAGUAUGAAAAUGGUUAUCCCAAAUCUGUACUGUCUGCAACUGGUGUGCUUGGAAUUCAAAUGGCAUCCUCCAUCAGGGACAGCGUGGAGUUGGUAAAAAUGAAAGAAGCAGAAUCUGUCAAAAAUCCAACAAAGAAAAAGCUGAGAUGGUUUGAUGAGAUUGAACAAACUAAUCAAUUUACAAAGGGGCCAAAUAAAGGUGCUGGAGAAGAAUUGGAGAAUACAAAAGAAAGUAAAAGUUCAGGAUCAACUAGUCAGACUCAAUUACAGUCACCUUGUUCGGAAAAUAAUGGCAGUUUCACCAAUGGUAAGUCAAUUGUGGAAAGUAAAAAAGAAUCAAAAUGGACCACACUAAAUACCGGUCACAAGACUGCUGUAGAUUGUAUCCUUGCUGGCCGCCAGCAGACUGAAACCAAGGGAGCAGUGACAGAUCCUGUCAUUUUAGAAACAGCUUCUAUGACCCAUGGAAUAACACCAGCUGUACCACCGCAAUAUCAUCUUACUAAACAAGCCUGGGCAGCUACAGAAACUAGAAACAUAGACCAGGAAAUAACCGUGAAGAACACUAUUAUCAAACCUGAGAAACCCAUGGUAAGGAAAGGACAUUCCAAAGUGAUCAAAAGAGCCCAUUCUGCUAAAGUUUAUUUUUGUACAAGAGGCAACUGCCGGAAAGGGACCAUAAUCAGGCCCCAGUCAGCCAGUGAAGCAAUGAAAUCUCAGGGUAAAAUAUUGAUACCACAUCCUCCACCCAGACUAGCUAUUGACAGCAAACAUUGUCAAAGAACAACAGGCAAUUUCAACAACAGUUGUCAGUCACAAAUGCAGCCUGCUAAUGUCAUUGACAAUUCGUCCACUAAAUUAAGGGAAUUUAUACCAGACAUUCAUUAUACUUCUAGUAAAGAUAGUGAAGAUAAAACUGCAGUCUCAGGCCUUUGGCCUCAGAGAAAUUUUUUGAAUAACACAUCUGUCACCAUCACUACAUUUCCUUCAUCCUAUUUAGUGUCCCCAUAUGAAACAGUUACUAAAGCAACCUAUUCAGUAAAUACUAGCAAAUCUGUGCUUCAACAAGAUGAUGUAAACAAUAACACAAAACAAGACUCUAAAUGUGAAGGGGACAGAUUGCGUUUGGAUAGCACACCAACUGAUGAAGAAAUUGCGCUGCUUUGGCAUGGAGUGCGCCGUGCCUUGGCCCAAAAGGGUGCAACAAGUGGUGAUGCUCAAAACUACUUAUCACCUUGGAACAAUGGGCAUAAAACAAAUUUGCAACCUCAUCGAACUAAUGUUUCCCAGUUGAGUAUUGAUGGAGGCAACUUAAUGAAUGGCGUGCGAUCAGUUUCAAGAGUAGACCGAUUACUUUCUGCUCCUUCAGUUGCUUUUACUAGAAGAAAUCAUCCCACGGAUACACAUAGCAGUGGAAUAAAAUACAGAGCUCUUCUUGAGCAGAGAAGAAUGAAUAUUGGUUCGACUAUACAUAAAUCUGAUCAAAUAGGACAGAACAUCCAGAUUAGUCCAUUUCCAAGUGCUUUUGAUCCAGCCCAAACAAUAAAUGCCGCUCAAAACACUGAAGAAGGUGCCGUUUAUAUUUUAUGAAAAGAAAGCAGAUGUUGGCUUAUCAAGUGCAGACUAUUUUGAACAUUUACAUUCUUUCACUGAUACCACACAC